AUGGCGCUCCGAUCUGCAACGAUCCUCCUGCCCCUGGCUGUCGUGGUGGCCUUCCUGACCCUGGCCCCCAGCUUCGUGCCGGCAGCCAACAAGGUGGAGCCGUCUUUGCGGGGCUCGGCUGUGCUCACCUCUGGCACCCUGGCUGUGUUAAUGGAUCUGGAUCCUGUCCGUCGUAGUUUGGGUCAUCUUCAAAGACUCGGGCGCAAGGCUGGGUUGCAGGUGUUGAAGAGGCUGCAACAAUGA